AUGAGCCAGUACUACCGCCAGGGAGGCCAUCCCAAUCCCUACGACCCAUACGCUGAUCCUCAGCAUCAGCACCAGUAUUCCGAACAUGCACCAUCCGCGGGCGCAUACAGCUCGGAACCUUACCACUCGCAGCAAGCCUACCACUCGCAGCAAUCCUACGAUGCCGCACAGCCCGAAUACCAGGCAGCGCCCAUCAAGCCUCAGAGGCAACCCUCUCGUUUGAGAUCCAACUCGUCCAGCAGCCGUUCGGCUACCCAUGCGCCUGCCGCGUACCCUGACGAGGUGCCUCCCGUCCCUUCCAACCUCUCGGCAGCCCGACAGCGCUCCGGCCCCUCCAACAACCAAGCCGCAUCGGCCGCGCCCUAUCACCAAGACGCAUUCUCUCGACCCUCGUACCAGUCCAACCGCAACGGCCCCAUCGACCAUCCCAGGCAGUGGGACCCCAACGCCUCGUACGACGCCGCUCCCGCCACUCCCCUCUACGACCCCGCCCCGCUCCCUGGUACAGCGCAGCUGCAUCCGGACCCUUCGCAGCAUAGCAUCGACCUGGGCUCGCAAGACCCACACUACGAUGAGCGAGCCAUGCAGCAGCACUACCCAUACGGCGGAGCUGCUGCCUUUGAUCGUUCCAACAGCUACAACCAAUCUCGUUCCGGCGGCGCCAGCAGCUACCAACAGGUCGACGACGAGAAGAGCAUCUACUCCAAGAACAGCACACAGCUCCCUGGCGGUUGGAACGGCGCACCUCCCUCCAUGUCGUACAACGACAUGCCAGGCUCCCACUCCAUGGUUCAUCUCGCACAGCCAGGCUAUCCGCCUACACCCUACGGCGAGUAUGGCGCGCAUCCCCCAGCCAUGCCCGAGGCACACGUCACCAUGGGCGGCCUCGGCGUGCCCGGCGCUGUGAUCGCUUCGGCACCCAUGCACUCCAGCCAGCACCAGGAUUCGAGCUUCCAGCGCGAGAAUCGCGAUCGCAUCAUGCGCAAGCGAACCGUCAAGCGCAUCCCUCUCCAGGACGGCAACCUCGUCCUCGACAUCCCCGUCGCAAAGAGCAUCAGCAAGUCCGACUCCAACAACCCCGAGUUCCGCGAGAUGCGCUACCAGGCUUGCACCUCGGAUCCCGACACCUUCAUCGACGACAAGUACACCCUUCGUCCCUGGCUCUACGGCCGCGAGACAGAGAUGGCCAUCGUGCUCACGUGCUACAACGAAGACGACGUCCUCUUCGCCCGGACCAUGGGCGGUGUCAUCAAGAACAUCGCCCAUCUCUGCAGCCGCACCCGGUCCAAGACCUGGGGUCCCGAUGCGUGGAAGAAGGUGGUGGUCAUCAUCGUCGCCGACGGCCGCAAAAAGGCCAACGAGCGCAUGCUCAAAGCGCUCGGCCUCAUGGGUUGCUUCAACGAGGGCGUCAUGAAGGACCACGUCCUCAAGAAGCCCGUCGAGGCGCACAUCUUCGAGUACACCACACGCGUGCAGGUCACCGAGAAGGGCGAGGUCCAGGUGACGCCUUGCCCGAUCCAGGUGGUCUUCUGCCUCAAGGAGCAGAACAAGAAGAAGCUCAACAGUCAUCGUUGGUACUUUAACGCUUUCUGCCGCAUGCUCCAGCCCAACGUCUGCAUCCUGCUCGAUGUGGGUACCAAGCCCACCGGCACCUCCAUCUACGAGCUCUGGAAGAGCUUCGACAAGCAUCCACGCGUCGGUGGCGCGUGCGGUGAGAUCUGCGUCGACACUGGCCGUGGCUGCGUCUCGCUCUUCAACCCGCUCGUGGCCUCGCAAAACUUCGAGUACAAGAUGUCCAACAUCCUGGACAAGCCCACCGAGUCCGUCUUUGGCUUCAUCUCGGUGCUUCCCGGUGCCUUCUCAGCUUACCGCUACAAGGCGCUCCAAGGCCGUCCGCUCCAGAUGUACUUCAAGGGCGAGAAGCUGCACUCGGGCGAGGGCGGCAACUCGAUCUUCUCCGGCAACAUGUACCUCGCCGAGGACCGCAUCCUGUGCUUUGAGCUCGUCACCAAGGAACGCGAAGGCUGGCUCCUUCGCUACGUCAAGUCGGCCAAAGCCUACACGGACGUGCCGGACAAGGUGCCCGAGUUCAUCUCGCAGCGACGACGUUGGCUCAACGGAUCGCUCUUUGCGUCCUACUAUGCCACCUGGCACUGGUACCGCAUCUUCCAGUCCGGCCAGCCUUUCCUACGCAAGCUUUGGCUGCUCUUCCAGGUGAUCUACAACCUCGUCCUGCUCGUCUUCAGCUGGUUCGGCAUCGCCAACUUCUUCCUCGCCUUCUACUUUUUGCUCAACUCGGCCACCAGCACCGAGGGCAAGGAUCCGUUCGGUGGGCAGGGCGCCGCCAUCAUCGAGAUCUUCCAAAACGUCUUUAUCGCCAUGAUCAUCGUGGUGCUCGUCUGUUCGCUCGGCAACCGGCCACAGGGAUCCAACUUUGCUUACACGUCGGCCAUCGUCAUCUUUGCGCUCAUCAUGGGACUGGUGCUGUAUGCCGCUGGCUACACGACGUAUCUGGCGCUCGACGCUUCCGGGCUGACGCACGCGAGCGGAUGGAGCAUCAAAAACCUGGAGCAGCUCUUCAAGACGUCGGGCUUCCGCGACAUUGUGAUCUCGCUGGCGGCGACGUAUGUGAUGUGGCUCGUGUGCUCGAUCCUGCACUUUGAGCCGUGGCACAUGCUGACGUCAUUUGUGCAGUAUCUGUUCCUGACGCCGACGUACAUCAUCAUCCUGUCCAUGUACUCGAUGUGCAACACCAACGACCUCUCGUGGGGCACCAAGCAGUCCAACGGCCCGGCCACCGACCUGGGCGGUGCGACCGGCGCCGGCUUCAAAAAGGACGACAAGGGCCAGAUGGUGGAGGUCAAGAUCCCCACCUCGGCCGACGACGCCGAGGAGCUCUGGUCGCACUACCGCCAGACGCUUUCACAGCCUACCGCGGAGGUCAAGCAGAAGCGAGACCAGGCGACGCGCCAGGAGGACCACGCCAAGAACUUCCGUACCAACCUGGUGCUGGUGUGGAUGUGCACGAACGCAUUGGUGGUCAUCAUCUUUACGAGCACGUGGUGGAACCGUUACGUCCGCAACCACCUCUACGCCGGCGCCGCACGCAAAGGCCAGCCCAUCGUCAAUCCGUACCAGUCGUUCAUCUUUUGGGCGACCGCAGGUCUUUCGGCGAUCCGCUUUGUCGGCAGUAUCGGCUUCCUCAUCCUGCGCAUGUUCGGUCACUAG